GCGAGACUGAGAGUUGAGAGUGAGAGAGUAAAAUAAAAAGGGGGAUAAUAACCCAAAGCAACCUACCACCGCAUUCCGACGCGCGCAAGAAGCAGAGAGGAGGCGUAAUCCCAGCUGCAUUGGUGUGCUCGAUCUCUUUUCGUCUCAAUAUUGAGAGGGCUUCGGGAUAUAGGCGAUUGGAUCCUUCGCCGUCGUCGGGUUCCCGCUCCGGUGAGCUUGUUGGAGAGAGAGAUCGCCGCCCGUGGACGGCCAGCGGACGCGGAGUAGAUUGAGACAGAGGAGCGGGAGAUCGGAUUGUCGAUGGCGAGGAGUAGCAUCGCGUGCUAGAAGAUGAUGAUUGAGAUCAAUUUCGUCUGGUGAUUUCGAAUCGCACUCGAUUUGAAGUUUGGAUCGAUUUCUUUGUUAUUUCUCCCCUUUCAGUAUCAGUGCUGGAUUUCAGUGCGCUGAAAUGGAAAUUAUACUUCUCUGACUCGAUGUGACUUGAAGAGGUAGAGGAGAUCUUAUUAGCUGAUCCAUGGAGCAAGGCAUCUCGAGCUGGCAUUGAGAGAAGUGGCGUGGAUUUGUUUUGAAGGAUACAGAGAUUCGUCUCGCUCGAGCAUUUCUUCUUGAAUCUUCUUAUUGAAUCUCCAGAAGGAUUUCUUAAUAAUUUCGUUGGAUUGGAUCUAUGGAAUCGAGAAUGGACAGGUAUGAGAUAAUGGAGCAAAUUGGCCGUGGAGCCUUCGGUGCUGCGAUUCUCGUGAAUCAUAAGCAAGAAAAGAAGAAGUAUGUUCUGAAGAAAAUCCGGCUUGCAAGGCAGACUGAGCGGUGCCGGCGAUCUGCUCAUCAAGAGAUGGCUCUUAUUGCACGGCUUCAGCACCCUUAUAUUGUGGAGUUCAAGGAAGCCUGGGUGGAGAAGGGCUGCUAUGUUUGUAUUGUCACUGGAUACUGUGAGGGAGGAGACAUGGGUGAGUUGAUGAAGAGGUCAAAUGGAACAUAUUUUCCAGAGGAGAAAUUGCUGAAAUGGUUUGUCCAACUGUUAUUAGCUGUUGAGUACUUGCAUUCCAACUUUGUUUUGCAUCGAGACCUCAAGUGCUCAAAUAUAUUUCUUACCAAGGAUCAUGAAGUUCGCCUUGGGGAUUUUGGGCUUGCUAAAACCUUAAAAGCAGAUGAUCUGGCUUCUUCUGUUGUUGGAACUCCCAAUUAUAUGUGUCCAGAGCUCCUUGCUGACAUUCCUUAUGGAUUCAAGUCAGAUAUCUGGUCUUUAGGUUGCUGUGUGUAUGAAAUGGCUGCGCAUCGACCUGCCUUUAAAGCUUUUGAUAUGGGUGGUUUAAUAAGCAAAAUUAACAAGUCCUCUAUGGGUCCGCUGCCGGCUUGUUAUUCUUCUUCCCUGAAAGCAAUCACCAAAAGCAUGUUAAGGAAGAAUCCAGAAAAUCGGCCGAGUGCAUCUGAAAUCCUACAACACCCUUAUUUGCAACCGUUUGUCAAUGAACACCGCUCAUGCCCUGAUCGAAUUAUAAACCAGCCACCAGAGAAGCCCAUCUCCACCUCACAAAGCAAUCAAAAUAACAUGUCUGAAAGUCAAAAUGACAGCAUUUCCAGCAGUGAUAAGGAUAGUUUACAGUCAGGUGACUGUAACACUUCUGGUUCAGUGGUCGACUGCCAUCAAAAGGCACUUGGAAGAGACAGUCCUUUAACUGAUGAUGGAGUGUCUUCUAACAAGUAUACUCCUACAGAAGAUGGCACACAUGGUACUGGCAUCUCCAAAGCUGCUAUGGAGAGAACAGGUUCAACAAAGUUCAUACACAUUGAUCAGCAGCCAAAAGUUGAAUCUAAUCAGUCAAAAGCUAUAAAUAAAAUGACGGUGGCCAUGAAAGAGGAAGGAAUAAUCAGAGGAAGCAGUUCUCUGGUGAGAGCAACCCGUGUAAAAGUUGUCACUGGCUCCAACCACAAGACUAGCCCGGAACCAAUACCUAAGUUGUCCAAACCUAUUGGCACCAGUUCAACUUUGAAGUCUAAUUCAGAAGGCCAGGCUGAUGAACCUGCCAAGACAAAUAAUGAUCCUGCAAAAGGUGAUUCCAGCCAUAAAUCUGGCACACAUGCAUCACAUAGGGCGUCCGAGCCUAUUAGUGCCAUUUUAAUUUCAAAGUCUAAUGCAGAAAGGCAACAUGAUGAACCUGCCAAGACUAAUAGUGAUUCUGAAAAACAAGUACAGGCAUCACAGAGAAAUAAGCAACUGUUACCAGUAUCUGAGACUUCUCCAAAAACUAAAGCCAGAUACGAUGGUGCUUCACCACCAGCUCCUGUCAAACAAAUCACAGAAGAUUAUAUGCCUCUAAAGACAAGGCAAAGGACUCCACCAUCCAGUAUGUCUAGGAAGCAGACUGUACCUUCCAAGAAACUUUCUGGAGUUGAUCAUUCUCCAGUUGAAAAUGGGAUCAAAUGUGUUCCAGCCAAAUUAACUCAGGAGCCUGAUAUUGGUCUAAGCAAAGAUUGUUGUCACCCAUUGGAAGUCAAUGGCCUGCCAGAGGAGGUUCCUCUAGAUCCUUCAAGAGGAAUGAAGACUGACGCAGGUAAUCAAAAUGUUCCAUCUGUUUCAACUCAAGAAUCUCCAAAAAUAGUUGUCAAGAUGCAAAAACAGUUUUCCUCAAACACUGCAGCUAAUUCUGCUGAGGAGGGUUUGCUCCCUGAAAUUUCUGAAUCAAAUCUGCCAAUGUCUUCAUUAUCAUCAUGUACAUAUCCACGACUUGAUUAUUCAUCAGCAGAGAGUCAUGAGAAUGGAGGCAGACCUACUCUGAAUUUGGAGGUCAGCACAGUGGACUUGCAGAAUAGUACCUCAAGUAACGAUAUGAGUUCGAGUUCACUUCUAGAGCGAAACUUUUCUAUCUCUGAAAAAGAUGUUGUUUACAAAGAUGAUGUUUCUUUGAACAAGCUCGAACAUAAUCCAAUUGUCAUGCGGACUGGAGUUGACAAGUUCACUGUCAGAGAGCUCCUCUCUUCCAUGACAGAUAUUGGGAGUUUUGUUUCAUCAGCUCCUAAGAACGCUUCCCUGGGAAGUCUACCAGCUACGAAUCAGACCCUGGAAAAGCCAGCAGCAUCACAUUUAAACCCUGUUUUUGAUGAUGUCAUACAUGUCAUAAGGCACAGCAGCUUUCGGGUUGGUGUUGACCAGCCUAUCUCAGAUAACAAGGAGGAAAGCGUUCAAAACAUUGGUUUGGGGAAGUUAUUGAACGUGGUGCAAGAUGAGGUUGAAAUGAGAAGCAUAUCAAAUGUUCUAAAGCCCACUGGAUUUGUUGAAACGGUGACCCUCAAGACGAAUGCCUCAGAAAGCAGCAUUAAUGAUAAGCCAGAUAGCUCAGAAACAGUGAGAUCAAGUUCCACAGAGACUAGAUCAGCUUCAUCAGAACAAACCAUUGUGUCGAAGGAAGAGGAAACUCCAGCUAAAGAAACUUUGGAUGUGAACUCUUUUAGACAGAGGGCAGAAGCCCUCGAAGGGUUGUUAGAACUUUCGGCAGGUCUUCUGCAGCACAACAGGCUGGAAGAACUUGCGGUAGUUCUAAAGCCCUUUGGGAAGGAUAAGGUUUCCCCACGAGAAACUGCAAUAUGGUUAGUGAAGAGCUUCAAGGGAAUGAUGAGUGAUGACGCCAGCCAUGCAGCAUGAGGAUUCUAUCAUUUUCUGUCUUAGCUAAAGAGGUACGUAACUCCCAUGUUUACCCUUAUUCUUCGCCAAAUUUUUCUCCAUAUUCGUGGUUGAGAUGGUGUAUAUAGUUGACAUGUGAAACUGAUAGAUAGGCCCUUUGUUUUCUUCUUUCAUUAGAAUGCCUAGUAGCAAGAAACCAUAGAUGCA